AUGUACAUCAUCACACCUUUAGCCCUUCUGGGUGGUUUUGCAGUCUGUGCAACUGCGAACCGAUUUGUUCGCAGAGAAGCCUCUUCCUCUUCUGCUGCUCCUGUCUCCAACCCGAUCCCUACCGUUGCUCCAGCGGACCUGUCAAAGUUCACAGCUACGAUGAAGGUCGACGAGGAAAAUUCAAAGUGCUAUAUUGAACUCGAUAUGGCCUCAAUCGGCUGCGUCGGCAACUCGAGCGAUUUAAUCCAAUAUGGCAAGCCCUCCAAUACUUGCUAUGCCGAGCUCAGCGUUGGUGCCGAAGGUGAUGACCAUGUCUGCGGAUCUGCCAAAGGGUAUCUUAGCUAUGUCGACCAAAACCGGGAUAUGGUGGGAAAAUAUGAGUUCCACAAUCAGGAUGACGUGGUCGUGCUGUUCGAAUUUGAUCAUCAAACUGAUGACAAGUACAUUAUGUUCAAACCAGGAGCUACUGGAACCCCGUCCCCGGCGACUACCGCAGUCUUCUGA